AAGUUGCGGAACCAAACGAAGAAGAGCUCAUCAUUCUUAUACAACAACAAUUAAAGUACGGAAUCUUCUGCAAUGCACAAAACAAUAACAAUCUACAAGCGCGAAACAACAAACAACAAUCUACAAGCACGGAACAGCAACCUACAAUCAAGCGCAGAACAGCAAACAACAACCUACAAGCGCGGAACAGCAAACAACAACCUACAAGCGUGAAACAACAGUCUUCUACAAGCGCGGAACAACAGUCUUCUACAAGCACGGAACAAGCAAACUGC